AUGAGAGAAGAUACUGGUACUGUCUCCUCAAGCAGAGAUGAAAGUAAUACGCCGCAACCAUCCACGCAGCCACUCCUUCAGACUCUAUCAGAGGGUCCUCACUACAGCGCCAAGCACUUGCUGGAUCUUCGUCUGAUGCACCAGUACAGCGUCUUCACAGUACAGUCAUUUGAAGCCGUCUGGCGCAAUGAAAGGGUUUCAGACGCAAUGUUGAGGGAGAUACCCCAACUCGCCCUGGAUCACGACUUUCUCAUGGACACAGUCCUUCUUGUCGCCAUGAUUCACCUCGCUUAUACGGACCCCGUGUCCCGAGAGAGUCUGCCUAUCUAUCUAUACCGCGACCAGGCCCUACGCAGUUUUCGGCAGGCCGUUGCAAGCAUAUCGACGCAAAACAUCAGUGCUGUCAGAGCUGCAUCGCACUUAUUAGCGGUGGUCUCUUUCGCGAUAGACCGUGUGACCAAGCAUUCCGGCAUAUGGGUCACCAACUGGCUGGCCCUGGCGGUAGGCCAGAGGAAUUUACCGUCCAACGGAAGACUGUAUGGACUCUCAUCCAGCCAGGCAGGCAGCCGCUCCACAGGCUCUCUAUAUGGAUCGUUUAGCGAUAUCUCGCUGCCUGCGGCAGUACUGCCUCAGAUCCAAGACAUACUUCCAAAGGAGGAAAGCGAUUGCAAUUGGGGGCAACGAGGCACUCUCUACGAGGUCACGGCGAGCCUUGGGACGCUCAUUGCCAUCUUAGGAGAACCCCACGAGCAAUUAUGGCUGGAGAAGAAGAUCAAGGCAUGGGCUUUUGAUGUUGUGCCGAGCGAAUUUCUCGAAAUGGUACAACGGGGAAACCAUCGUGCUUUGAUCAUCCUGGCUUACUACCUUGUUCUUCUUAACCUUCUUCCAGCGACAUGGAUUUAUCAGGAUGUGGCCAGUCACGACAUGGGGAUAAUAGAGGAAAGUGUCGGGGUGGAAUGGCGGUAA